GCCACGCCGCCUCCACCAUCCCCCUCUCUGUGUCCUUCCUUUCAGACUUUGAGCAGGAGUCUGGGAUUGAGAAGGCCGUACGGAUGAGCACCAAUGUGGCCGUCGCCCUGUCCACCACCCCGGCGGUGCUGCCCACCAGUGCCGUCCAGCCCAUGGGCACCCCCUUCGAGAUGCCGCCGUCGGAGAGCCCCAUCCCCAAGACUGCUACCACCAUCUCAGCGGUGACCAAAGUCUCGGCGGUCCCCACCGUGGCUGCCUCUACGGCCUUGGAAGCUGUGGCCACUGAGGCUCCGGCCGUGGCCACUGAGGCUCCGGCCGUGACCACGACCACGACGGCCUCUGCCACCGCUGAUAUCAUCCCGACCGCCGCCAGCGUCCCCACGUACCCUCCGUCUGCCGUCGGCGGGCCAGUUCCUCGGACGACGGUCCUCCCCAAGCUGCCACCUCCUCCCCCAGCGACGGUGGCGGCCACAGUCCAGGCCACGGUGGCGGCCACAGCCCAGGCCACGGCCCCCGCCGCCUUCACCCUCUCUGUGGCGGCUUCUGGCCUGGACACAGAGGCGUCCACCCCGAAGCUGGUGGUCACCUCCACGCCGAGCACCUUGCCGAAGCCAGAGACCUCUAGGCCCCCAGCCAUCCUCGAGAAGAGCACCGUGGCCGUGGGAUCGGAAGCCCUCGAGCCCACUGAGGCGCCGCAGACCCCUACCCCAGAAGCCCCACUGGCUACAAACCGGGAUGUCGAGGCAGAAGUACCGUUCCCCAGUGGGGACUCAGAACCCCCAGAGGAGGGGAUCACCCAGCCCGAGCUGGACAAUGAAGUGGUGGCCGUGGAGGACAGGACCACUAUGGUCGGAGUGAUGCCCAAGGAUGAAAAAGCUGGGCCGGAUCUAUUUGACAACACCAUUGACUUGGGCAACUCAGCAGCCCAGCUGCCUCAGAAGAAUAUCCUAGAGAGGAAGGAGGUGUUAGUAGCGGUGAUUGUGGGAGGGGUGGUCGGAGCCCUCUUUGCUGCUUUUCUGGUCACACUGCUCAUCUACCGCAUGAAGAAGAAGGAUGAAGGGAGCUACACCCUGGAGGAGCCCAAACAGGCCAGCGUCACGUACCAGAAGCCCGACAAACAGGAGGAGUUCUAUGCCUAGAGGGACCUCCGUGCCUCCUUCUUGCCUCCCCUCCCCUCCCCUCCCCUUCCCCCAGCCUUCCUGUCUUCUCCUUCCCCCACUUUUGCUUACCCCUUGGACAGAACUGACUGUGAGUCUUCUAAAUCCCUCUGCUGCACUGGACCCAAGUUACUGCUGGUGCCGGGGACGUCGUCCGCAGACCCUUGUGCCCUCCCUCUGGCACCUGGGGCAGGACCUCGGAAAGGGGGCAGCCAGCCUCCCCUCUCCUAUCUCCCCAACUCGGAUUUGCCACCCAGACCCCAUUUGCUCCCGGAGGAGCGCCGAUCAACACCCCUCCCCACUUCCCAGGCCAAAGCCGGGAUCAGAGGAGCCGGCGGCCGGCCAGGCUGGGGCUCCGAGGACCUUGGGCCAGAUUCUUAUCUGUGGGAGAAGUGAGAGUCAGACAAAACUUUCUUUGAUGGAUAAAUGAGGGGGCGAGACUCCGGAAUCUUUCUCCUCUCCCUCGGGGCCUCUGCGGCCUUCUCAUCAGAGCCGGGAGGUUUCUCCUGGACUGGCAGCGGGGCACCUUUUGUCACGGGCCACGGACCUUUAGUGUAGUGGUUUUCGGGGCCCCUGGCAGCCAAUGCCAUCUCUUAGGCGGCACGUCUUCUGGCCGUGGCUAGUGAGCCCUGUGGACGGUGCUGGAUUGGAGGCGGGAGAAGGAAAGAGAGGCAGAGGAAGAGAGAGGCUGAAUGGA